AUGCGAACCCAAGGAUCCUUCGGCCGUGAAGGGGGUAAUUUCAGACGUGGAGACGGCAGGAGCGGAGGUCGCGGGUUUGGCGGCGGUGGCGGUGGUGGCAGUGGGAAGCCUCCCACAGACGCGCCUCAGCGACGUGCACUGAUCAAUCAAACAUUUGAUGGUGAGCUCAGUGAGGGUACCCGAGUAGUUAUGCGAGAUGAUACCAAGGUGUUGAUGAGCGUUAUCAAGCACAUUCCGCAGAACGGAGCCAUAACGAUAAAGAGCCUUAACGCCCAGCUUUCACCCGAUGUGCAAGAAGCCGUUUCAGAGAAGCAUAGCGGCCUCAAAAGCUUUUUGGAGCAACGCAAACAACUUUUUGUUGUGAAGGCUAAUCCUUCCGAUGGUGUGCUAUACGUUGCCGCUACACCACUAGCGUAUCAGAAGCUCACUGCACGGGAACGACAGCGGGAAACCAUGCAAGAAAUGCUUGGGUUGACACGCCGUGGAGGCCGCGGCAGGGGAGGGAGGCCCAUGAAUGGUGGCGGUGGCGGUUUUAGGGGCCGGAAUGGCGCUGGAGGAGGAAGAGGGGGAGGAGGAAGAGGUAGAGGAGGAGGAGGAGGAGGAGAGGACAGGGGAAGGAAUGAUAGAGGCGGUGGUGGUGGUGGUGGCUUCAGAGGUGGCAGAGGUAACGGGGGAAGGGACAGCGGUCGAAUGGGGCGAGGUGAGGAGCGUGGAUUUGGGGGGCAAUACCGCCGCUAG